AAUUAUCAUAAUCACUAUAACUAUGAUGGACGGGGAGAGUGCGUGCAGUUGCGUGCAGGAAACACCAUUUUUCAAGAACGUUUCGUUUCGUUUCGUCUCGCCGGCAGGGACGAUGGAAGGUUAUCUAGUGUGGAACCCGAGAUGUCAGAUGCCGUCAAAGGAGCCGAUCGACCCGUCGAUACGCUCGUACGUGAAGAAGGAAAAGUUCGAGAAGUGCGGCACCGAGCCGUCGUUCACCGCCCUCUCUCGGCGAGAGAACGGCACGCUGGUGCUGACGGUGGAUCCUGUGGCGGCGGUUCGCCACCCCGGCCUCCGAUGCUGCUGGGCGCCGGUGUACAGGGCCGAGAAACAGCCGUUGAAGCCGACCAAGGACAACAACGUGGACUCGUCGAUCGUGGUGAAACGAUGCGAGAGCUUCGUGGGUGAGGCGACGUUGCCCGACGACGAGGCGCAAGCGGCGAUGGUCAGCUGCACCAGCGCAGAGUCCGACGACGGCCAUCAUCUGCCGGGUAAACGACGAGCGCGAAGAGGCAAGCCCAUCUACGAGAACGUCCACGCGAUCCCCAAUCCCGACAAGGUUCGCGAUCGGAUGCUACGAACGGCCACCUUCAACGCCUCCACCGUUUUCAACAACUCCACCUCCGGCUCCAGCAACGCGUCUACUCUUUCCAGAAAGUUGAGCGUCCUGAUGCUCGGCAUCGACAGCGUCAGCCGAUUGAACUUUAUGCGCAGCGCGCCGCUCACCGACCGAUACCUGCGCGAGACCGGCUGGAUUCGGUUCGACGGGUACAACAAGAUGGGCGACAACACGUUCCCAAAUCUGAUGGCGAUACUCACCGGGCAGAAUCAAACGCAGGCGUACACGCUCUGCAAGCCGACGGUCCCGCAGAUGCUCGACCGUUGCCCGUUCCUCUGGCGAAACUUUCGCGACGCCGGCUACGCGACCGCCUACGGCGAGGACGAGACGACACUCAAUACGUUCAACUAUUUGAAACUAGGCUUCGUCCAGCCGCCCACCGACUAUUACCUCAGGCCGUACAUGCUCGCCUGCGAGAAGCUGCUCAAAGUGAAAAAGAGGUACAGAUUCAGGCUCAAGUACUGCACCGGGCCGGAGACCAGCUUCGACCGAAUCCUCGACUACGGCGUGGAGUUUGCGCGGGCGUUCCUCGGCCUGCCGUACUUCGGCCUCUUCUGGACCAUCAGCGUGAGCCACGAGAACGCGAACGGCCUCUCGUCGAUGGACAGUCGGCUGCUGGACAAGCUGCAGCGACUGGAACGCGAGGGUGUGCUGAACGACACGAUGGUGGUGCUGCUGAGCGACCACGGGAUGCGCUGGGGCCCGAUCAGGAACGCGUUCGUCGGAUGGUACGAGGAGAGGCUUCCGUUCCUCUACUUCUGGCUGCCGGAUUGGUUCCGGGCGGAGCGGCCGGACGCUUACUCGUCGCUACGGGCGAACCGUCGCCGACUCACCUCGCCGUUCGACCUCUACGAGACGCUGAGGCAAGUGCUCGCGUUAUCGGGCGGCCUGGCCGACCCGUCGCCCGGCUGCCCCGGCUGUCGCAGCCUCCUCGACGGCCCGGUGCCACUCGAGAGAGGCUGCGCCGACGUCGGCGUCUCCUCGCACUGGUGCGCCUGCACCGCCUUCCGCCCGGCCGAUCCGCGCGACCCUCGCGUCCAGAAGGGCGCCCGCGUCUUUCUCCAGCACGUCGACGACCUCCUGCAAACGGCCGGCUAUCGGGACAAGAAGGGCCGACGGCUGUGCGCCAAGCUUCGCUUGAAGAAGCUCCACCGCGUCGAGCGCGUCGUCCACUUUGAUAACACGGCGGCCAGCGGCGGCCACUACGUCGACUACUUUUACAUGAUCCAGGUGACACCCGGCGACGGCAGGUUCGAGGUGACGGUACGACGACACGCGAACGGGACCUACGACGUGUCCGACCACGAGAUCAGCAGGCUCGACGCAUACGCCUCCACCGCCGAGUGUCUCGAUCGCGGGAUCAAGCAGUACUGCCACUGCCUCAAGUGAAGCUCUCCGAAACUCUUUCACUUUCUCUCUCUUCCGAGGAGGGAAGGAGCGAAGGAAUCGCACUUGGCAGACUGCCAACUCCAACCAAUUCAAUCUACUAAUUCGUCGCUGGCAACCUAUUGACCCUGAACGCCAAUGACCGAACGUAACUCGCCGCGCGACAACGCCAACCGAGUGUGGUACAGGGUGUCCGAAAAAGGUUGGGACCAAGCUUGGACCACGUGUGUCACCGAGGUCGAGCAGAGAUGGAAAAAAGUCCUGGGGAUGCUUUGUCGAGAAGACGCGAGCCUUCAAUGAUAUUUAUCAUUUGUCGCGACAGUUGUGUAAGAAAUGUUUGAAAAUUCCUCCAUCGGCAUGAACGCAGGCUGC